GUUCAUACUUGUUGCAAAUUUGGUACUCAUUUUCUUGUCUUGGAGGGUGUACGGAGAACAAAUAUCAGAGCGAUUUUUGAAACCAGGAUUUCAACCACCUGCCUUCAAAUAAAACUGGUUCUGGAGAAAAUAGAGGACAGAGCAAUAAAUGCAGCUACCUCCAAGACAAUAGAAGAGCUGAAGAAGAGUGUGUCACUGUUGAAAUUGCCCAAGGAGCAUUCGCCAAGAGUUUGAGUUGGCAAAAUAAAGAUGGCUGAUAAGAUUAAGCAAUUUUUCCAAAAGAAAAAAGUAGAUGCAAAGUUCAAGAGAGCUGGGAAGGGAUACAAACUAACAGAUGAACAACCAAGGUCAAAUACAGUGACACCGAAGAGCAGUGUGCCAACGACAUCACGAUCUGCCCUUUCAGCGGAAGCAAGCCAAGCAGCUGCUGCUGCAAUGGCUAGACUAGGUGGACAGAAGCAAGACAGUGCAACAGCCUUCACUUCAUUAGCUGCAAUCCAGGCACAAGUACGCAAAGAACUAGAGGCAGAAAAGAAAGCAGCAUCUGCAGCAGCAAAAGAAGAAGAAGAAGAAGAAGUAGUUAUAGCUCAGCAGAAGCUAUCAUCGGAAGUUGAAGCUUCACCGCACUUGGCGGUGAAUGGAGUGUAUUUCAAAUGUCCUCUUAUAAGUGAUGAAAUACUUUCAAAAGAAGAGUGGACCGUAAAAAUUAAAGAAUUCUUAUACUCUCAGUUAGAAGAAGAACGUGGAUUAACAUCUUGUCUUAUCAUUCACUCCUGCAAUAAGAACAGAGAAAAAAUAGCUCAGUGUGUGGAGACACUUUGUAAGUAUUUAGAGAACAUAGUGCAAAAUCCAACGGAAGAUAAGUACAAAAAGAUUCGAAUGUCAAACAGAAUAUUUCAGGAACGUGUUGCACCCAAUGAAGGUAUUCAAGAUUUCCUAAUGGCAGCUGGAUUUGAAAUUAAAAAGGAAGAAUUUCAAGGUAGUGAAGAAGACUACCUUGUAUUUUCUGAACAGAAUGUUGAAAGCUUAGAAUAUUUAUCAACAUUAUGUGAUGCCCUGAGAUCUGCAGAACCAAUUUCGCUGGAAUUAGAUCGUAAUUUGCAAGUGCUGCUUCCUUCACAAGCAACCCAUAGGACAGAUUUGCCACCAGUUUUUUAUACAAUGACACCAGAGGAACUGAAGAAAGAGCAACAGUUAAGAGCUGAAACAAUCGAAAAGAGCAUGAUGCUCAGAACAAAAGCUAUGAGAGAGAAAGAUGAACUCAGAGAAAUGAAGAAAUACAGAUAUGCCUUAAUCAGGGUUCGCUUUCCAGAUGGAAUACUCUUGCAGGGGACAUUCCACGUCUACGAAAAAUUUGACGCUGUUCUUAACUUUGUUACUGAGAAUUUGGUUCAAGAUGACCUACCAUUCAUUCUCAUAAUGGCAAAUGGUUGUCGUUUGAGCCACGAGGAAGCGAAUCAGACAUUAGUUGAUCUGCGCCUUGUACCAGCUUCAGUUCUUAUAUUUUCUUGGGACACACAGGAAACAGAAGAAAAAUCAGUUGACCAACAAGCAAUGUAUCUCAAACCUGAAGUCAUGCUACUUGUACAAGCUGUGUAAUGAUAGUUAUGCUUCACAAAUUUUUGUGACUCUGUUAAGUUUCAUCCUUUGGUUGUGCAUUGCUGCAUCAUUGCUGUGUCUUGUAUAAAUAUUUAUUAUUUAUUGCACUGAUGGACUGUAUAUCUGAAUAUAACUGUAUAUAAAUUUAUAAACAAAAUACGAUAAUUCUGUUAACUGCCUUCACCGAUUACAAGAAAUGGUAUUUGCACUAGUGGUAACUUUUGCUUUCUUCUUGGAAAGGAAAACUUCAAGCUGUUCAGCUGCAGAGGGACGGCAGAUAUUAAAGGUUGAGAAUGAUCUGCAGUUAAUGCCCUUCCUGAAGCAGGAAAUGUUGAGUGUCUCGAACCUUGCGACCAAGUAUAUGCUGUUGAAGCUCUUGGGCACUAUUUUGUAUGAUGUUACUAAUAUGGUUGGGUAGUAAAACAAAACAAACAGUGAGGAGGUAACUAAAGUGACAUUUUUAUGGUGAAUUGGGGCUGUUAACACCACACAAGACUGUUGUUGCAUGCCAUACUGUUUUGUAAAGGAAUCAGAGUGCAUGCCAUAUUAAAGCCAGUGUUUUGAUUUCA